AUGAUAUCAACAAUUAUAUCAAGAUUAGUCAUAUUAGUGUUCGGCACCCUUUACCCCGCUUAUGCUUCAUACAAGGCUGUGAGAACGAAAAAUGUCAAAGAAUAUGUAAAAUGGAUGAUGUACUGGAUCGUUUUCGCGCUUUUCACGUGCAUUGAAACGUUCACCGAUGUAUUUUUAAGUUGGUUUCCAUUUUACUAUGAAAUCAAAAUUAUUCUGGUCAUAUGGCUGCUCUCCCCUGCCACCAAAGGAUCCAGUUUUCUUUACAGGAAAUUCGUCCACCCAUUGCUCAGCAGCAGAGAACAGGAAAUUGAUGAGUACCUUUCAAAAGCCAAAGAAAAAAGUUACCAGCAGGUCCUGGACCUGGGAUCCAAGGGCAUGAGCGUCUUGAUGCAGAGCGCAAUAAAGGGUGGCGGGGGAAUUGUGAACCAAUUGCGUAAGAGCUACAGUUUGGGCGACCUAAGCGACCCGAUGCUCGCCGAAGGACAAGACGAAGGUGAUGUCGUUAUCACCGACCCGAGGUUAAGAAGACGAAAAAUGAGUCCACAUAGAUCCAGUUCGACUAGUUCAGCAGCGUUAUAUUUUUCCGAUGUCGAUGCCAGAUCGGACAGAGUUGGAAGCAUUCGAUCACCAGAUGAUAUAAGUUCUGGCUACUCUAGCGGAGAAAACUUGUACGCCUCGGGUCAUCUAAAAGUACAGGGAAGAGAGGCUCUAUCCAGAACUGGAUCAUUAACCAGAUCCCGCACUGGAAGAGUAACUAGGUCAACAGUUCCUAAAAAAACCACCAGCGUCGCUAGUGAUGAUAGCGACGAAAACGAGGUCUUUGAUACAAACGUAAUUUUUUUGAACGACAAAAUGAAAGCCAUAAAUCGUUUGGUCGACGAUGAACAGGAAUCUUCAAGUGAGGGGGAUUUUGUCGACACUUUAGACUCCUUGCAUGGUAACAAAGACAGUAGCGAUAACAAAACUGUAUUAACAGCAUGUCGGGAUUCCUUCAAUGAUUUAUCCUUGGAAAAAGAUAAUCCUGAAGAUGUUGCAUGGUUUGAUACUCCCUCAACUGAUACCAUAGCAUCAGUCAGAGGAGGUCGUUAUAACAAGAAGACAGCCCCAUCCCCUCCAAUAAAAGCCACUUUGGUUUUGAAACCUGGCGUGGUAAAAAACGUUGCAUCAUCCGAGUCAAGUAAGGAAGUGUUCGUGCACUCGCCCAAAGCAAAGCGUAGGUCCCUUAGUAGUAGUAGUAACAACAAACCAAACCCACUAUCAAAGUUGAUGCGUUUGCCGAAAAAAAUCGGUAUGUGGGGGAAAGAAGGGUUGACUCUUAUCGAUACGAAAAUUCACUCUAAGAGUGCCCACGAUUUGCGUGCUACUGCUUCCUGUGGUUCCGGAAGUCAUACUUCGUUAAAUAGUCUCGCUGAAUCACCUAUGGCUCACAGAAGACUCAAAAUUGUUCGAAAACUGUUCGAGGAAGAUGUCGACUGACUAACACGGUGUCUCUUUCAAGGAUUCUAGUAGUGCCACGUUGCCGAGGGUGAAAAAAACGACAAAAAAGAAAACUCUAUGAGGAAUUGUGAAUGUUAAGUUCAGCCUAUUAGAAAAAAUGUGAUGUUACAAUUUAUUAUUUAAGUUAGCUAAAUCAUAUUUAAGGAGUGUGUUUUCGUGUUGAGAUUAUCGAUUUUAUAAUGUUAUACUUAAUUAGGGAAAGUGUUUAUGUGCAUGUUGUAAAGGAUAUGUAGGAAAACCGUUUUUAACUUUUUACUUGUGAUAAUUUUAUUAUACCAACCCAACUAUA